AUGUCUUCCUUUGGCAUGAAGUCUCUCUUCGUUGGUUUCCUGGUCACCAGCGUAGUCCAAGGUGUUGUCUGCGAAACAGCCUCAACACUCAGGGCAGAAGCCGCCAAGAAAGACAUCCUCAUCGGUUCCGGGGCGAUCAACCCAUCUUACCUCGACGAACCUCAGUUCGCGGCCAUCCUGGCCAAGCAAUUCAACAGCCUGUCCCCCGAAAAUGAAAUGAAAUGGAAUUUUAUCUCCCCAACCAUUGGAAACUACGACUGGCCGUUACUCGACCGCCUUGUCGACUUUGCUGAAGCGAACGGCAUGGUCGUUAAAGGCCACGGCCUCAUCUCAAGCUGUUGCAAUCCGGAUUACGUCACGGCAAUCACCGACCCGGAUGCCCUCCGCGCGAUCAUGACGCGGCAUUUUGAAGCCCUCAUGCACCGCUACCGUGGAAAAAUGGAUCGCUGGGACGUGGUCACUGAAGGCAUGAUGACAAUGGGCGGCGGUUUGAAUCCGCAAGUCCAUUUUUUCAAGGUGCUUGGACCUGGCUACAUCGCUGAAGCCUUCCGCAUCGCCCACGCCGCGGACCCGAACGCCAAGCUUUUUAUCAACGAGAACCUAGUGGAAACGAUCCCCGCCAAGCGCCAGGAGUUCUACAAGGUCGUCUCCGGCCUCGUGGCGGACAGCGUGCCCAUUCACGGCGUUGCGCUACAGAUGCACCUGACCGAGGUCGGUCCUGAGCCGGGCGUGAUUCGGGAGAUUGUUGACUCGUACACUAGCCUCGGGCUUGAGGUCACAGUUGCAGAGAUGGACGUCCACUCACUCAACACCACCCUCGUGACGGAGAUCUACGGAUCUGUCAUGGAGGACAUCUUGGACUCCGGCAUUACCGAUAUCAGCUUCUGGGGCUUCACAGAUAAGCACGCUUUCACGUGGGUCGAGGGCGCGAAGCCGUUGAUGUUCGACGAGGAGUACAAGCCCAAGGGGGCUUUCUUCGCCACCCACUCCGCUCUGGUGGACUUUGUGAAUGAGCCAUCAAUCUCAAGGCAAAUUGCAAUGAGUUGA